AACAAAACUAAAAUAAGGAAUUCCCCAUUUCCGGGGAAUUCCUCGAUCUAGUGGCAACGCCGCAGGAAGCGCACUUACAGGCACUUACCUAUACCGUUCAAAAUAAUACAGCAAAGAAGACACCGGUAACUUAUUCCUGCGGCAUAAUAGACGAGCGAGCGAGAUCGAAAAAAAAAAAAUAAAAAUACCAAAGCCGAAAAUUGUCAUUAAAAUUAACGAAGCGAUAGUGCAGUGAGUUCUUUUACCGAACGCGGACCUAUUUCAUUCCCGGUGCAUUUAAGAUGGGUUACUUGGAGUUCAUCAAGAGAUUCACCUGGUGCUGGUACGAAGCGGCGGCCGAAGGGAUUUUCCGGGCCUCCACCAGACUGGCGGAGCUGGUCGUGGUGGCCGUCCUGGCCCUUUACUACUUCGCCGAGUCGUUCGCGCUGACCUUGGCCCCCUCCUUCAUGGUACCGGAGAAGGACUUGGCCGGGAAAACGGCGCUGAUCACCGGCGGAGCCGGCGGAGUGGGCAGGGAGCUGGUGCUCAGAUUGGCCAAGCAUGGGCUCACCGUCAUCGUGUGGGACAACAACGAAAAAGCUUUGGACAAAUUAAAGAGCGACUUGAGCAAGAAGGAUUUCACCAUACACACCUACACAGUGGACAUAUCCGACAGAGAAUUGGUUUACAAAAACGCUAAAUUCGUGAAAGAAGAAUUCGGUCCGGUGGAUAUUCUAAUCAACAACGCAGGCGUGGUGUGUGGACAAACCUUCCUGGAUAUCCCCGAUUACAUGAUAGAAAAAACCUUCAAAGUCAACGUAAUCUCGCAUUAUUGGACGACGAAAUCGUUUUUACCGGACAUGAUGAAACGAAGAAGCGGCCAUAUUGUCACAGUAGGAAGCCUCACAGGUUUACUUGGAAUGUACAAAUGCGUGGAUUACAGCGCUUCCAAAUUCGCCACCAUCGGCUUCCACGAAAGCCUGAUGACGGAAUUAAAAGCACACGGUCACCACAAGAUCAAAAUGUCUUUGAUUUGUCCCUACUUCAUCAACACCGGCAUGUUCGACGGCUGCAAGCCCAGAAACAUGCCCAUGCUGGAGCCUAAAGAUGUAGCCAGGAGGAUAAUCACAGCUAUAAAAAGGGACGAGGUUUUCGUUACUUUACCCGGAUUUGCUAGGUACACGUUACCUCUCAAACAUUUUCUGCCGUGGAAACUGACGUGGGCUUUGGUGAUCAAGGUGAUUCAAAUGCCGCAAUCGAUGAUGGGCAUGAGGGCAUUCCAAGAGGUGGAGGCGGCGUAAAAGAGCAGUUUAAUUUAGUAGAAAUAUCAUUCCGAGACUUUAUCGUUCGUAAUUAAUUAAAAUGUAAUUACCGAAUAGUUCGGGGUCAAUGAUUAAUCCGUUAAAUAUCGGUCGUCGAAUGAUAACUCGUAAUAUCUGUGUGAUAAGGUGUAUAUGUUCGCUGUAACCUCUUUAAUUAAUUCGUGGGUAUAAUGAAAUUCAC